UUUGGAGCAAUCGGUUAUUAAUUCAAGCGAAACAUUUUCCUCAGCGAACAGAACACAUGAACGUUUCUAUUUAUAUAUGAAAGUAUAUGUAUCGAUAUUUUUGUAAUUAAGAUAAAUUGAUAUAUAUAUAUCAAUAUAUACAAUGUUGGAAUUGGGAAUAAUAAUAAUUGUUUUAACAUUUGUGACAAUUUUAUUACGACGACUAAAUAAAGAUUAUGUUAUUCCAAUAAUUUGUAAACGUGUGAAAACAAUCGAUGGAUCACCACUGGAAGAUAGUGUUGCUGUAGAUCUCGGAAGUUCUAUAUUUGGUAGCACUUUUGUGUGGUUUAAACUAAACUUAGAGGAUCUUUUUUACUUUACCCGCCAACAAGCACAGCGUUUUAAGCGUAGCUAUGUACAAUAUGUCUUCGGCUGUCCACUAUAUAACGUCAUAGAUGCUGUAGAUGCUGAGUUGAUAUUGACCGAUACUCGUCUCAUUACGAAAGCAAACUUCUAUAAAUUUUUGCAUCCAUUUUUAAAAACCGGCCUAUUAACAAGCACCGGUAAAAAAUGGCACACACGUCGCAGGCUUUUGACACCAGCUUUUCAUUUCAAUAUUUUGGGUCAAUUUAUGGAUAUAUUUAAGCAAGAAAGUAGUAAAUUUGUACAAAACCUUCACCAUUUGUGCGAUGUAUCCUCUGAUAAUAUAGUGUCUCUAUCUGAAACUAUACCACGUUUCACUUUAAACAAUAUAUGUGAAACGGCAUUGGGUGUACGUCUGGAUGAACAUUUGGAUGGUGAUGAGUAUCGAGAGAAUAUAUCAAAAGUUGAAGAGAGUUUUGUAAAACGUACAAUAAAUCCUUUACUUAUGUCAGAUAUUGCUUAUAAAUAUUUGGGUGAUGGUCGACGGGAUGAACAAUAUUUAAAGAAAUUACAUGAUUUCUCUUGUGGAAUCAUCGAAAAGAGGCGUGCACUCUUUGAAGAAGAACUUAAAGCAAAUAUAGAAAACCCAACUGACCCUAUUGAUACAGAUUUCAUCUUUAAGAAAAAGCGUUACGCUAUGUUAGAUACAAUGCUACGUGCUGAAAAAGAUGGUUUAAUAGAUCAUGCUGGUAUAUGUGAAGAAGUAGAUACUUUUGUCUUUGAAGGCUUUGAUACCACAUCGAUGAAUUUAAUAUUUUGCUUAAUGAAUCUUGCCUUAUAUCCGGAUAUGCAACAACGUUGUUAUAAAGAAAUAGAAGAAUUUAUGAGUGAUGAUCUUGCCAAUUUAGAUAUAGCUCAAUUAAGUAAUUUGAAAUAUUUAGAAUGUUUUAUUAAAGAAACACAACGACUAUAUCCUUCAGUGCCCAUUAUAUUACGUGAAUGUCUAGAAGAUACGAAUUUAUCAAAUAAUCUAAUAUUGCCAGCAGGAACACAAAUCGAACUACAUAUAUUUGAUGUACAUCGCAAUCCCAAGUACUGGAAUGAUCCAGAUGAAUUUCAGCCCGAGAGAUUUUUACCAGAAAAUUCUGAAAACCGACAUUCAUUCGCUUUCAUACCUUUCAGUGCUGGACAAAGAAAUUGUAUUGGGCAAAAAUUUGCCAUGUUGGAAGUAAAAACAUUGCUUGUAUAUGUCUUAAAGCAUUUCGAGUUAAAGGCAGUAACAGAUCCUGCAAGUUUUCGAUUUUUAGCUGGCAUUCUAAUCAGAGCACAAUCCAAUGUUCAAAUUAAAUUGCUUAAACGGCAAGCUUCAUAGGCAGAUAUAAUGAAACAUAUGUACAUAUAUACCAUAUAUGCAUAUGGUAUAUAUAUAAUAUAUAAUGUUUUUGUGGUGGUUUAAUUAAUGAUGCACUUAUUUUGAUUUAUUGGUUAUGAUUGUUA